GGCUGGAAUUGCUUAGGGCCCUAAAAUCACUAAAUCCGCCCCUGUAUAUUAAAGAGCAUAAAUUGUCUAAUUUUGACCUCUACUCUAAAACAAAUUAUUUAAUGAGUGUAAAAUCUGGCAACGUGUUAUUCCAGAGCACGUGACGCGCAUUAUAUUUCCAGAUACAGCUUCGCACAGUUAUUUUUAGACUUGUGUAUACGAUCAGAAUCAUCUGCAACAACAUCAAUCACUGUGUCUGUGAAAGGAUGCUGCUUCGCCUUUAGGUCGGCUCUGCGUCCGCGCGCGCGCGCUCCAGCUCGGCUCCUGUAAUUGGCUCAGCGCUGUGCUGUUGUCCAUGCGCCACUGGGCGAGUCUCGGCUGUCUCAGUAACCCUCCUUUAUCCUCAAAAAAGGAGAGCGAAAGAGGGCAGACUCGGAGUUGGGCUCGGGCGGAGGGACCGCCAUUAUCGGGAGGCUUGGGCAACCACUUUCGCCCUCGCGCAGAAUGUACACAUCUUAGCAUUUCAAAGACACGCGUGGUCCAGAUUGCUCGUGAUUUGGCAACGAAAAACUGGAUGUUGGGUCUCAGUGUAAAGGCAUCGCUGCAUGCUGUCUGCACACGGCGAAAUCAGCGUUUUAUGGCCACAACAAAGGGCAUUAUAAUUGAUCAAAUCCAACGUGCUUAGGCCGGAGGAAGAAUUAAAAACAAGCCUUUUUCAACACGGAAACGACUGGCCUCCAAGAACGGACAUUUCUUUGUUUGGAUAUGUUAGCCGUCGCUGGAUUUCCACAGCCGUUUCUAUGCGAACGCGAGAUCUGUAAGUUGCGCCUGACAAAAAUAUCCCCUGGAAACUGCAAGUCUGUCAAGCCACAGUCAAAGAGCCCCCGGGGAAUCUAACGUCCUCUGCUUUUUACCUAGUCUUUUGUUUGCUUUUAUUUCUGGUUUCCAACAACAUUGGCCGAGCCGGUGGUAAGCCCUCUCGCGGUGGCCUGGCCGAGGAAAGAGGGAUUGAGCAGGGAGAAGAAGGACGUAGAAAGGCACUGGUAUGUUGGCCCCAAUUCCUGCCCCGCUUCAUCAGGCCCCUCUCUUAUCACUGAUUAGUCCCCUUUAAAAUGGGCAAAACAUGCAAGCAGUUUACUUGAUCUGAAAGGAUGACUAAAAAAUCUGAACUAAGGCCUCAAUUUUAAAUCAAAUACCGGGCCCCUUGACUUUAACAUUUUAUGGACACAUUUUAAAGAGUCUGCCUCUGUCAGCCUUUGGGGCAUGGCAAGAUGAAUGCCUGUGUACGAUGAUGAUGGCUAAAAAGCAAGAAUCCCGGCUGCCAAUCUACAACCUUGUUGUUGUUGGCCUGUCGGGAACUGAGAAGGAGAAAGGGCAAUGUGGAGUUGGCAAAUCUUGCCUUUGUAAUCGCUUUGUUCGCCCUAGUGCAGAUGACUUCCAUCUCGAUCACACCUCUGUGCUAAGUACUAGUGACUUUGGUGGCCGGGUUGUCAACAAUGACCAUUUCCUGUUCUGGGGGGAGGUUGGGAGAGUUUUGGAGGAUGGUGCAGACUGCAGAAUGCAUGUGGUCGAGCAGACAGAAUUUAUUGAUGACCAGACUUUCCAGCCCCAUCGUAGCACAGCCUUACUGCCCUACAUCAAAAGAGCUGCCUCCACCAAAUUGGCUUCUGCGGAAAAACUCAUGUACUUCUGCACUGAUCAGUUGGGCCUGGAGCAGGACUUCGAACAGAAACAAAUGCCUGAAGGCAAGUUGCAGGUCGAUGGCUUUCUGCUUUGUGUUGAUGUCAGUCGUGGUAUGAACCGCAACUUUGAUGAUCAAAUGAAAUUUGUCACCAACUUGUACAAUCACUUAAGCAAGACAAAAAAGCCUAUUGUGCUGGUUCUCACCAAGUGUGAUGAGGGUGUGGAGCGAUACAUCAAGGAUUCUCAUACCUUUGCCAUUACAAAAAAGAACCUGCAAGUUGUUGAGACUUCGGCUCGAUCCAAUAUCAAUGUUGACUUGGCUUUUCUUACCUUAAUUCAACUCAUUGAUAAGGGAAAAGGUAAGCCUAAGAUCAUACCUUACUUUGAGGCAUUGAAACACCAGAGUCAACUGAUUGCCUCCGCAAAAGACCGCUAUGAAUGGUUGGUGAACCACAUUGUGAAGAAUCACAAUGAAACUUGGCCAAACGUCAGCAGACGUAUGCAGACUUCACCCGAAUAUAAGGAAUAUGUGUUUUUAGAAGGCACAGGUAAAGCUAAGAAACUAUUUCAACAGCACAUUCACCGACUUAAACAAGAGCAUACUGAAAGACGUCGUAAAGCAUACUUGAGUGCUCUUCCACUCGCCUUAAGUAGCUUGGUGUCGGAGUUGGAUGAAAUUGAGCAUUUAAGCUGGUCUGGGGUGCAAAAAGUGCUUGAGUCUAAAAAAGACUUUGAUCAUUGGUUUGUGGUACUGGACGAUGCACCAUGGGAAGACACACCACAUCUUGACAAUAUGGAGGAUGACCGCAUCCCCUUUGAUGUGCUAGACACCACGGCUGCUGAAAUCCUCUUUGAUGCACACCUUGAACACUUGCGCAAUGAAUGCAAGCGUGCCCAGAUGCGUCAUGAGUUCAAAGGAAAAUUAGCAUCUUCACCUUUCGUUACUCCAGGCAAGCCCUGGGAGGAGGCUCGAAGCUUCAUCAUGAAUGAAGACUUUUACCAGUGGCUUGAGGAGCCAGAAUAUUUGGACAUUUAUAACCGUCACCAGAAAGCAAUCAUUGACAGGGCAAAAGAGGAUUUUCAGGAGCUUCUGCUGGAGUACUCUGAACUCUUCUACGAACUUGAGGUGGAUGCCAAACCUAGUAAAGAGAAAAUGGGAGCAAUUCAAGAAGUGUUAGGUGAAGAACAACGCUUCAAGGCACUUCAGAAACUGCAAGCUGAAAGGGAUGCUUUAGUACUGAAACACAUCCAUUUUGUUUAUCACCCUACGAAGGAAACAUGCCCAAACUGCCCACACUGUGUUGACAGCAAAAUUGAGCAAAUUCUAGCUUCAUGCUUCCCUGCACAAUAUCCUUCCUUUGGAAAGUCGCAUAUAACUGAUGCAAAGGUAGAUAGGAUCAAUCUUGUUAUACUGGGUAAAGAUGGACUUGCUAGAGAAUUAGCCAAUGAAAUUCGGGCACUGUGUACUAAUGAUGAUCAUUAUGUGCUUGAAGGAAGAAUGUAUGAGCUUGUCCUUCGGCCAAUUGAGGGCAAUGUUAGACUUCCUGUUAAUUCGUUUCAUACAUCCACAUUUACUCCCCAUGGAUGCCUGUGUUUGUACAAUUCAAAAGAGUCCUUGUCCUAUGUUGUAGAAAGCAUUGAGAAGUUGCGAGAGUCCACACUUGGCAGAAGGGACAACCAUAUGGCUCAGCUUCCGUUGUCCCUCUUAUUGGUAAGCAAAAGAGGUGUUGGAGGACUGAGUGAUAUUGGUGGUGAGACUGCUCAAGCGUUAAUCUCACAGGGUCAGCAAGUAGCCAUAAAACUGCAGUGUAACUACCUGGAACCUUCCUCCCCAGGCACUGGUUAUGGGCGAAACGUGAAUGAAAAGCAGAUCAACCAGGUUUUGAAAGCUCUACUUGAAACAAGGAGGACUUCUACAUUUCGUAGCUGUUCUCCACCUGCACCUCCACUGCCUCCAUGUAUUCGAGACUUUCAGCAAGACCAGAGCCCAGAGGCUGAUUUGCGUAUCGUCAUGUGCCUAAUGUGUGGAGACUCUUAUGACAUCGAUCAACUUCUUGCACCAUUCCUGCUGCCUCAGCAUUGCAAGCCAACUUCUCCCCAGACAAGUGGCACUUCAGUGCUGCUAGAACAAACAAUUGGUGGCCACAAGCUUACGAUUGAGCUUUCUCUGCUGUCUUACCACUCUUCUUUUGCUACUCGGAAGAGUCGACUGGUGCAUGGCUACAUAGCUGUAUAUUCUGCUAGCCGCAAGGCUUCUUUUGAAACCCUGUGUGCCUUUUUGUGUGAGGUUCAGGACAUCAUCCCGGUACAGAUGAUUGCAGUGGGGGAAACACAGAUUGAGCUUCAGGACUCUGAGUCUGCUCGUGAAUUGUUAGUCCAAGGUGAAGAGCUGGCACAUGAACUUGAAGGACGAUUUGGCAGUAUUGUCUGUGGUCAUGGCGGCGUUGUUGGAGGACUACACAAACUAGACCUUUUAGAACAAUUUUUCACAGAAGUAUUAGAAAAGAAAACCAUAGUUGAAGCCAGCCAUAUGUAUGAAAGCAUGGCAGAAGCCAGUAGCACAAAUGAGAAUGUGUAUUCGCCACACUGUGGCUCCCCAAGCCCUGUCACAAUGCUGUUAGAUUCUGAGGAAGACAUGGAAGCUUCCCCGCCUUACCAUGAUGGCACACUUACCUCUCACGGUGGAUUCAAACUGCCUGACCUGGACUCAGGUGACACAUUCUCUGUGAUCUCUGACCUUAGCACCUUUGAGAACAAGCUAAAUAAUAAAGUUCCUCCACAAGUGAGACCCAAACCUAGUGUCACAUUUGACCUUAGAAAGCCAAGUUUUAACCCCUAUGUGGAUGGAGUCAGCCACCGCCGUUCCCUCACAUCCAAUGUGACGUGGCCUCUAGGAGGAGAUUAUGAUCCUUCAGACUAUGCUGAGCCAAUGGAUGCUGUCUCUAAGCCACGCCCCAGCUAUGAAGACAGCAUAUAUUCUGUGCCUCAUGACAGCACACAAGGUAAAAUUAUUACUAUACGCAAUUCAAAUCGAAUCCACUCCAACGGAGGAGGAAAUGGUUCAGACAGUGAAGGGGAUGGCAGCUCAUUGGAGAGACGUCGCAAGUUUUCAGCAGCAAGGGUUAAGCCACGGCUUUACCGUGAUCGUUCCAAACGUCUGGGGAAGUUCAGCAGUUUCCGCACUAGUUUCUCUAUUGGUAGCGAUGAUGAGAUUGGCACACUCUCAAGGUCAAAAGAGGAUGAUGUUUCACCACUGAAGACAGAUAUAACAAAUGAAGAAGGAGAAGAUCCCAAAAAGAGAAACAUCCUGAAAAGUCUCCGCAGACCAGGCAAAAAAGCAAGACCAAAGCCUCGUCAUUCCAUCUCUAAGCCUUUGGAGAGUAACUACUUUGGAGUGCCUCUGGUCAAUGUUGUUUCCUUCGAACGACCUAUUCCAGUUUUCAUUGACAAGUGUAUUCGUUAUAUUGAAGCCACAGGGUUAACAACAGAGGGUAUCUACAGGGUAAGUGGGAAUAAGGCGGAGAUCGAGGGCAUGCAGAGGCAGUUUGAACAGGACCACAAUCUGGACUUUGUGGAGAAGGACUUCACUGUGAACACAGUUGCCGGGGCAAUGAAAAGUUUCUUCUCUGAGCUGCCUGAUCCUCUGGUUCCUUACAGUUCACAGGAGGAGCUGGUGGAAGCUUUCAAAAUUAAUGAUCGAGAACAGAGACUUCACACAAUGAAGGACGUGUUAAGACGAUUUCCCAGGGAGAAUUUUGAUGUCUUCAAGUAUGUAAUGAGCCAUCUAAACAAGGUUGGUCAGUGGAACAGAGUCAACUUAAUGACCAGUGAGAAUCUCUCCAUCUGUUUCUGGCCAACACUGAUGCGGCCAGACUUCACUUCUAUGGAUGCCCUGACCGCCACACGCACCUACCAGACAAUCAUCGAGACGUUUAUCCAUCAAUGUGCUUUCUUCUUUUACAACCAGCCUCCUGCUGAAUCGCCCACUGGCCUAUUCGGCCAGCCUGGACCAAUGGUGCCCUGUGGAUUGCCCCCAUCCCCCACAGCUGCUCCUUCUUAUUGCCCUUCGACCCCACAUUUUACCCCUCUUCUUCAGUCCCCGCCUCAUUCUCCCCCCCAGAGCCCACACUCCGCCCCUGCAGAACCACAAACACUGUGAGCUGGGGGACAAUAAAUGAUGUGGCCCGUUAUUUAACCAUACAUACACUCAGAUACGUCAAUGCAUGCUUACACAUCUACAUACACAGACACGCACACACACACAGACAUAUCUAAAUGCCUCUAAAACAUGUAGCUUGUUUUGGUCAGUGUUUGUGAAAAAGUUGAGCUCUCAGUACUUGCUGUACAUCAGGGAUGCUCAAGACCUUUCUGCUGCGUUUAGUUCCAACCUGCUCUGAAAAACGUCUGUAAUUUUUAAUGUACCCCAAAACCUCAGUUUCGGGUGUGUUUGAUUAGUAUCUAAACUCUUUAUAGGACUGCAGUUAUUAACACAUAUCACACACCAGACAAAGGUCUGUGCGCUUAUGAACUCUUGAACAUUGUAACCAACAAAGACUCCAAUCACCUCCAUGUCGUUUAUUACAGAAGGGGGACGCCGGUGUCAUUUCAUGAGAGCGAAUAUACAGUAGCUGUUCUAAUCAAGAAGGAUAUGAGUUAUUUUGAAGGAUCUUCUCUUCCUCUCCUUAGAAGGUGAUCAAUUUUGCAACAAUUUUAAACCCAGUUUUGUUCUAUUGUCAUCUCUAUUUGGAUCUAUUAGGACACUAUUGUCAUAAAAAAACCAUGAAGCACUUACACGUUCAACCUUUCAUCAUUUUAUGGAGAAUAAUAGAAUGACCUCUUCCUUAUUUUCUUUCUUUUAAGAAGAUGAAUGAAAUCACUUUAGCUGCAACCAUAUUCACCACUUUGCCUGGCUGUUGUUCCACUUUACCGUCCGCCAUGCCUCUGUAUGUUAAGUUACAAACACCAAGUAUCCAGUGGAUUUUGGAGGAUGUUUGUUGUGAAUUGCCAGCUUUGAAGACUUGAAGCUCUGAUAGGCUAGAAGGUGAUGUCGAUGAGGAUUUGCUUUGCUGAAAGUCUCCUGUGGAUCCCGGCUCAUAAAUUCACCUAAUGGGAGUGUGUGUGCCCUUUCUUUGAAGGCUGGGAUUUAAAUGGCAGCGGUAUCACGUGGUUUUAGGGAAUGCACUUCCAGUUAGCGCUGGUGAAGGGCUCAAGAUCACUGAGACUGCAGAUUUACUUCGACCCUUAAACUCUUUUGAGUCAGCAGCUCAAAACCCUCACACCUUAAUUUUGAACUCAUGGUAUUAAAAAAAAAUCAAGAUUAAGGCCUUUUUUUCUGAUGCCCAGUCUGACUGUUUUAAAAAAUGUCAUUGUUUUUACUUUAUCUAAAGCACUUUUUCGUCUUUUUAUAUAGACCUGUGAACGCUGGCACUGACUGAUGAUUGGUUUCGAUUUUUUUAUUUUUUUUUUUGCCAUCAAUGUUUAAAAGAUCAAUGAACUUGAAGGUGAAUGUGGAGCAGUCACAGAUUAAGCCUAAUCUUGGUCAAAAGUUGACUCUUGAUGAUUCUGCAUUCAUUAGCUUGUCUUUUGUCUACUGUCAUGCACUUAGAUCUCUUGUACAGCCUGAACGUUAAUCACCAUUUUCCCUUUUGUCAUCUGCAUUUAACGAAAAUCAAAUGACUCAGUUUAUCUCUUGUUCUGCUUUCACCAUCUCAAUCUGUCUGAAAUCCUUCUGGACAAAUCCAUAAUGUAUAAAGACGCGACUGAUUGAGUGUAGAUUGUAUGUAUAUUACCAUAAUACCUUUAUUUAAUUUUUUUCUCUUAAACCGCAAAGCUUCUGCUGUGAAGGAAAUUAUUCCUAAGCAUAAUUUUGCUUGAAGUGUCACUUCCUAUUUCUAUCCAGCCAAGGUAGAAAAGCUGAAGUACCAAAGUAGUGCAAUGUGGUUGAAGAGGGUUCAACACCAGUUGUAAAUAUUUUGAUGACGGGUUUGGAAUGAGUUAUGUCGGAUUCAACAAAUAGUAUUUGACAAAUAGUCCAAAUGGUGAAACUUUGAUGAUUUGAACACGCUUUCGUUCAUGGUCCUUUUCGUUCUGCGUAUCUGCUGCUUUUCUACCAGGCUGAGAAAGACUGAAAGAAUCCCAACGUUACUUGAAGAAUGCUGUUUUUCUUUCAAUAUUGAGAUGCAGCUUGAAAUUUCUAGGAUUACCAACUCAUUUCAGCCAUCUGUAUGUGGGUGUGUGUGUGUGUGUUUAUUUGUAAGAAUACAAGCUAAUGUAAUUAGUCAUGAAAAGGAUGGGUAACUGUGAUGACGGUAAUCAUAAUGGUUAAAAGAAUUGAGGCCAUUCAAGAGUGCCACAAAAUGUUCUAUUAUGUAGAAGUGUUUGUAGAAGUAGAGCUUCUUUGGAUUUGUAACUUUGCUUUUGAUCUAAAGUACUGAGUACUUGCUAAUUUUCUGUCUGCUGUUACAUUGUGUUAAGCCCAGAAUGUGGAAUAAUUUGAAGUCAUUCAAACAAUUGAAGUGUGCACUGUUGCACCUCACCAAACCUGACCUGCUGAGUUUACUUACCUGGAAUAAAUGAACGUGCCCUAUAAACUGCUAAGUGAGAUUUAGUCAAAAUUCUGGAUUACAUGUGACAGCUGUCGACAUACUGAUCUGAAGGUUAUAGAAAUGAUUCACUAAAAUAAUAAUAAUAAUAAUUUGCUGUUAACUUGCUCACCUUCACCAUCCAUCCAAGAUGAAGAUGAGUUUUCUCAAAGAAACACUCCAAUUUUUGGAAACAGGCUUAUUUUACAACUAGAUGACAGUUAAGGUUUAACAGUUUUGAAUCUAUUGAUUUAGCAUAUCUCCACGUCAGGCAGAUACACUAUGUUUAGCUCAACAUAAAUCAUGGAAUCAUAUUAGACCAGGGGUGCCCAUGCGCAGUCCUGGAGAAUUUAUCUCCAACACACUUGCCAGGACGUUUCUAGUAUAUCUAGUAAGAGCUUAAUUAGCUGGUUCUAGUGUGUUUGAUUAGGGUUGGAGAUAAACUCUCCAGGACACUGGCCCUCCAGGACAGAAUUUGGACUCCCAAAUAUUAGACCAUUAGCAUGUCCCUAAACAAAUUUCAAAAAACAUUGCAAAGAAUACUGUUCUGAAAUUUUUUUAUUAAUGUAAAAGUAAAAAUGUGCAAAUAUAAAAGCAACUUCACCUCAAUAAAAGUGUUUAAAUAUAUAUAUUUUUUUUUUGUUUAGAGCUUGAGCGUUCUGUAGUUACAUCAUGUACUAAAACCUAUGUAGAACAAAACGUUGCUCUUUUCUAGUGUGAUAUCGCUAUCAGAAGAAUUUAGACUCUCAUUCCAGUGUGGUAAACAAGAAACUUUGCUGCUGUACCAUGGCUGCAGCAGGCACAAUGAUAUUACAUGAUGCUUUUACAUAACUGGGGCUAUUUGCAGGCACUGCGUAAUAUCAUUGUGCCUGCUGCAGCUAACUGUAUUGAUUAUUACACUGGAAUAAGAGUAUAGUUUCUCGACAUACACUUUAAAAAUUCUGGGUUCCACACAAUCCAUUUGUGUAGAGACAACAUGAAGGAAUUAAAUUAACUUAUUAUUUUUUACUAAUUUAAAUGGAUUAAACAUAAAACAGUCAAGUUGUCCCCCCAAAAAUAAAAUAAAAUAUGUGUUGUUUUAGCUAAUUUUAAAUAAGUAUAUGAAACUAGAGCUGCACACUAAACAAUGCUGGGUUCCACAUGACCUCUUCAUGUUGUUCCAAUGCAAAUUGAUUAAGUUGUAGGUUUGUACAAUUUUAAAUUGAUUGAACAUAUAACAGCUAAGUUGUCCCCCCAAAAAACUCUUAUUAUAGUUUGAACAUGCAGCAAAAAAAAAUUUCAGUGCACAAUAAAUCGAUUUAGCAUCGAUAUCGCACAACGAAUCCUUCCAAUUGAUAUAACAUUAUCCUUUUUUUUCCAAAUAGAGAUUAAGUCAUCUGAUGAAAUUGUAUUCAUAUCUCAAUAUAUAUAGCGCAAAAUAAAAAAAAUAUUGUAAUGUUAGAUUUUUCCAAUAUUGUGCAGCUCUAGUUCAAACAAAUGACAAACAUAAUUUUUAGAGUGCAGUCUAGAAAAUAGCAACUUUUCAUUUUGCAUCUGCUUUAUUAUAUAGGAUAACUAAGAUAUACUAUGACUACGAUGUUUCAGCUAAAACUGUGGUUCUUGGUGAUUCAUAAAAUGCAAGGCAAUGCCUUUCAGCACUUUCAGUCAAAUAAAUAAUAAUUAGCAUCUGUUUUUCCUGAUGACACACUUGAUUGAGGUCUUGUGAAGUGGAAAAAGUCUGUGCAAUAAAGUGAACAUUAUAAAAACAUAUUUACCUUAAAUCCACAGCUUCUGCUGAUUCUUUUGACAUGUGAUAAUAUCUGAACAUCACUUUUAUAGUACUUCAAAUUAUUCUCAGGAGCCACAGAUAUGCAUCUUGUUUUGCAUACGUUUUGACUUUUUAUUUACUCUUAAAGCUUAUUUAAUGGCUUUAAGUGACUCCAUAAGGACCACAGUUUCAGUUAAAAAUCUUGUUUCAUUUUCUACUGAAGAAGAAAGUCACUUUCAUAUUGAUCUGAGGGUGAGUAAUAUAACAGCAAAUUCAGUUUUUUGUGCAAACCAUUUUCAGCAUAAACCCUAAACAUUUUUUUCUUUAUCAGAGCCUUUAUUGACUAUUCUACAUUACAUUGUUUCAUACUACUGUCAAAAAAAUCUAAUGUUAAUGUAACCAUAAAGUGAUCAUUCGUAUUAACUAAUUGAAGUCCAUCAUUCAAAAUAAAUGAAUGUUCUGCUGCCCUCUUGUGGACAUAAGUUUAUUAGCAGGUAUGUUUAGAGAUUGAAUAUUGUUUUUGUUUGCGUUUUUAAUGUAAGCGACGUAUGAGCCUGUUCAUAGCUACUCUAUUUUGUUAUGUGGUCUAGUUUGUGUGAGAAAUGACUCACAAACACACACACACCACCCAUUUUCAUCCUCUUUCUGGUGCCUUUAGUUUAUAUUUAUUAGCUGAGCAGCUCUUUCCGCUGUGAAUAGUUGGUUUACUUCCUUUCAUGUUGAAAAGAAACAACAUUUACGUUAUGCUUUAAAGAAGGUUUUGAGGAGAUAUUUCGCUGACAGUGGGUCUAUAAGGACGUGGCUCACCUGGUGUAUUUGUACAGCUCAAAUCAAGGACUUUUCAGAGUUACUGCAGUGACAGCCUGGUUGUGUGUUAGGAAUAUGAAACACACUGCCUUUUAGUUAAGCAUAACUUGUUUCUUUCAUAUAUGAACAAAAGAUGAUAAAAAAAAGUCUUGGUGCUUAGUCUCUUGCUUCUUAUUUAAGCUUUUUUUAUGGUGUUAGUAUAGUAGCAUGCAUGACCGAAGAUCUAUACAGGGAGGUUUUUGCUGCUUUCAGUAUUUCCAAAUAUGAGUCUGAUUAUGUAUUUAAUUAUGAAGAAGAAGAAAAAAAAACUGCAAAAUGAUCCUGUAAUGAAAGAGGGUCAGGAGGGCUUUAAAUAAAUGAUGACGGACAAUAAAUGAAGUUUUGUUACAUGUA